UGAAAAGCUGAUGUGCAUUUCUCAGACCUGAGUGCUGUAUGGGACACCAUGGAGCGAACCACAUUGGUACUAACGAUCCUUGGACAUUUACUUCUCUGUGUCACUUCGGCCCCAGUCAAGCAGCAACGAGAUGUCGACAUCUACAGUUUUCACAUCAACUCCACAGUAACCAGCCGCUACGCCAUCACAGUCAUCACAAGCCGUGUGGCGAACCGGCUCAAUGAGUCCAAAGAAAUUCAUUUCCAGGUCAAGAUACCCAAGAAUGCUUUCAUCAGCAAAUUCAGGAUGACCAUAGAGGGAAAGACGUAUGAUGGAGUUGUGAAGCAGAAAGAAGCGGCACAGCAACAGUACAGUCAAGCAGUAUCUCGAGGAGAAAGUGCUGGGAUUGUCAGCUCAGUAGGACGGACUCUGGAGGACUUUAAAACCUCAGUGACUGUGGCAGCUUUCAGUAAGGUGACCUUUGAACUCACCUAUGAAGAGCUGCUAAAGAGACGGCUGGGCAAAUACCAGUUACAAAUCAACGCUCAACCAAUGCAGGUUGUGGCAGAUUUCAAGAUCGAUGUCUACAUUAAUGAGCAUCCGGGUAUUUCCUUCCUGGAGAUUAAAGGAGGGCUGAAAACUCAGGAGCUGUCCAGUGCUGUAACCAGUACUCUGGCUUCAUCUACCAAAGAGGCAUGGGUGAACUUUUACCCCACUCGUGAGCAGCAGACAAAGUGUGAAGGUUGUGGAGAAAAUGGACUAAACGGAGACCUGAUCAUAGAGUACGAUGUGAAGAGACCAAAACAAAAUGGAGAACUACAGGCAUCAAACGGAUAUUUCGUCCACUACUUCGCACCCACUGAUAUUCAGAAAAUCCCCAAAAAUGUGGUUUUUAUCAUCGACCACAGUGGCUCUAUGCAUGGCAGGAAAAUGGCUCAGACUCGUACAGCGAUGCUGAAGAUUUUGGGAGAUCUUGCUCAGGAGGAUUACUUUGGCCUGAUAGUCUUCGACUCUAAGGUAGAUGUCUGGAAAGCUGAACUUCUCCAGGCCACGGAGAAGAAUUUAGAGCAAGCCAAGGCUUUUGUGAAGGACAUUAAUGAUCGAGGAGCCACAGACAUCAACGCUGCAGUGCUGAAGGGGGUGGAUAUGAUCACGAGAUACCCCCGAGAGGGCUCCGCCUCCCUCCUCAUCCUGCUCACCGAUGGAGACCCCACUGCAGGUGAAACAAACACAGGGAGAAUUCAAGAAAAUGUCAAACAGGCCAUUGGUGGUAAAUUUCCACUUUACUGCCUGGGGUUUGGAUUUGAUGUUAACUUUGAUUUCCUGGAGAAAAUGGCGCUGGAAAAUGAUGGAGUUGCUCGCAGGAUCUAUGAGGACUCAGAUGCUGACCUCCAGCUGCAGGGCUUCUAUGAGGAGGUGGCCACGCCGCUCUUAACUGAUGUUCAAAUAAACUACAACGGAGCAUCAAAUCUCACCCAGACCAGUUUCAGGCAGUAUUAUAACGGCUCCGAGAUUGUGGUGGCGGGACAAAUCACAGACAACAGCCUGGAGACUUUACAAACUGAGGUCAUCGCAAUCUCAAUAGACUCAAAAGUUACUUACCAGGACUCCGUGUCGACAAAAGACGUCAUUGAUGUUUUACCACAACAUGAAAACUUCAUCCAGAGACUGUGGGCUUAUCUUACAGUCAAACAGCUCCUGGAGAAAGAAGUGACACUUAAAGGAGAUGAGAAAGAAGCAGCCAAGAAAAAAGCUCUGGAUCUCUCUCUCAAAUAUGAAUUUGUGACUCCACUCACCUCCAUGGUCGUCACUAAGCCACAAGAAAAUGAGACACAGGUCGCCCACAAACCCAAAGAAGGGGAAGAGCCACGCACACACCAUCGCCGUGUGUUGGCCCUGCAACCAUCAUCGGGAUUUGUUAAGUCUCACCAAUAUAUGGUUCAAUCAGUGAGACCUUUGGGAUUUCCAUUUCUCCUCGGACCACCAGGUCAUGCAGAUGCUCCAAGAUUGCAUGGCCACAAAUCUCCUGCCAGGCAUCCGCCUAAAGCAUCCAGGCCAACAAUCAAACUUUUACUCCAACCUGCAGUGAGGUUCUUAAUCUCCAUCCUGCCAAAGCCGAUCUGUUAUGACGCACCUGCAGGGCACAAACUACUCCUUCUUAAAGACCCCUCAUCAGACUUCUCCAUGAAUGGCCACCUCUCAGACGAAGGCUUCCAGGUGAUUGUUCUUCAUUAUAAAACAGAGAAGCUUCGCGUGAGCCAUGAUAACAUCGUCUACAAUAAUGGAAAGAACAGAGUGAAGUUUGUAUGGGGGCAGUUGGAUCCCGGCAAUCAUGAGUCACACAAUGUGUCAAUAUUUCUAAGGAGCACCAAAUUAAACGUCACCAUGGGAAGCGUAAAUGUUGUUUUCCUUCUUCAUAACAAAUCUGGGGAUGUGUUUCUGUGGCCUGUUAUUCAUCAACAACCAAAAAAUGCUGACAUCCAAGGCAUUCUGGGUAAAACUGAUCUUCAGUAUGAAGAGGUAUCAGACUCAAAGAUCAAAAUUAAGGAUCUGGAGAUUGAGGCAACCUGGAGCUCGGCCAUCGACUACAGAUUUCCUACAGCCCCUAGUGUGGAGUGCUGGCUUGUACCGGUACAGUCUGCCCUGCAGGGGGAGCUGUCUGACUUCACUGUCUCACAGCUGUAGAAUUGCCUUUUUCCCCUAAACACUGACUUGUUGCUGUUCUGCUAGAUAUUAAUGAUUAUCUAAGGAAAGAGCC